AUGGAGCGUAUCAGGCAGCAGGUGGACUCGAUCGUGCGCUUCCUGCAGCCCAACCUCCCGUUCGUCAACUGCCACAUGGUGGACUAUCUGACCGAGCAGCACUGGAAGCGGUUCGUGCCGGUGGCGAUACAGAGCGAACUGCGCACCGUGUCUGAUUAUUUGCAGGCAAAGGAGAUAUUUUGGGGCCAGUUUGAGCCGUCGUUUGACGGGGAGGAGCAUGAUGGUGGUUGCUUUCCGGCGGUGCGGGAAUUUAUCAAAAACACCCGCCAGUUCCGACUCGGAGGAGCGGAAGCUCGGGGAACGGCCCUCACGCUGGACGAGUUUAUGGAUGCGCUGUCGGACUGUCGGAGGGAAACGCGACUGAAAAUGACGGAACUGAUGAACGUGAAGAAGUGUCACGAGGUGGAGGUAGCGGCGGCCGUCGUGGCGUCCCUUUGCAACGGUAUGGCAGCGACCCAGCCCGACACGAGCCUGGAGGACAUUUUGGUGAUUGACGCGGGCGAUGGGAAGGGCUAUCUUUCCUCACGGAUUGCGCUGGAGCACGGCAUCAAGGUGCUUGGAGUGGAUUGUAACGAAGCAAACACGAGCAAUGCGGAAAAGCGCCGAGAGCGACUCAAGACCAAAAUACCAAAAGCCGUGCAAAAAUCGAACCUCGAAGAGGAUGAGCAUUUUACCAACCUGCUGCAGCAGGGCUCACUGGACACGCUGUACCGGACGGCAACGCAGCUGAUUGAUUUCAACACCAACCUGAUCGAGCUGGCGCAGGAAUAUUUCCCUGGGGGCCAUCACAGCACCUUCUGUCUGUGCGGUUUGCACACGUGCGGCAACCUCGGCCCGAACUGCCUACGCCUGUUUCACGAAAAUCCCACCAUCAAGGGAAUCUGCAACGUUGGCUGCUGCUACCAUCUGAUGCAGGAGCAGUUCGUAGUGGACGAGUUCUACAAUCCGACGAAAGUGUCGGACAACCCGGGCUAUGGGUUUCCCAUGAGCAAAUACCUGCGGGGGAAGAGCUUUUACCUCGGACGCAAUGCGCGCAAUUUGGCGGCGGAAUCGAUUGAACGUGCCUGCACCAAUAGGGAGAACCCAAGCGAUAAGCUUGGCUAUCGGGCCCUGCUGCAGGUGGUGUUGCUGGAGUGUGGCGAGAAAAAGUCCCACCAGGUCGGUCGGCUCAAGUGCGGCGGGUUUGUGGACUAUGUUCGCCGAUCCGUUCGGAGGUUAGCUCUGGAGGAGCGAGUAACGAUUACGGACGGCAGCCUACAGGAGCUGGAGGAGCGCUUUAGCGCCGAGCUGGAGCAGCUGAAAGUGUUCUAUCUGAUAAGGCAACAGUUUGCGCCGGUCGUGGAGACUCUCAUCCUGCUCGAUCGGCUACUGUACCUGCGGGAGUGCGGACACGACCGUAGCUUUCUGGUGCAACUGUUCGAACCGGUCGUGUCACCACGGUGUUACGCGUUAAUAGCUUUAAAAUAG